GACUUCGCUUGUGUAUGGCCCUGGUGCUGCAGCUGGGCUGCGUUGCGAGCUCACUCGAUACUCAGGAUGCAGCUUUCGACCUCCGAUUGCCUGGCUUUGAGAACAUCAAGGCUGCCUUCGACUUCUUGGAUCCGGAUAGCAAAAAAUCCCAUGAGGAGCAGGCCCAGGAGGCCAUUGCAAACAUGGUCAACUCCGUGAAGCGCGUUGUUCCAGAGGAAGUGAGUGACGACUCCAAGUCUUUCCUUGCAAGAGGCCAAACUUGCAAGAGGAAAUGUGCGAAGGAAAUGAAGCGGCACUUGGGCAACAAUUGUGAGCACCUCGAAUUCCGAGUGCAGGAAGCAAAGAAAGUCAGCCAUGCGCACCUCAUCGAGUCCACGGAGAACGCGCUGAAGAUUUGCAAGCAAAGCCAAAAGCACCAUGAUGAGCAUUGCAAAUGGCGCUGCUGGCGUGAAGAGCUUUGA